AUGAGAUGACAUAAAUUUAUGUAGAUUUUUAAUUUAAUCCAAAUCGUGUAGUGAUGUAAAUAUAUAUAUACUAGAUGUUUAGUUGAUUCCUUUUUUUGAGAAGGAUUCAAAAUGUUCGUUUAUACGAUAAGUAACUAUGGAGCUUAUACUCCAAUAUUUGAAGUAAAUGUUUGUUAAGUGAACGUUAUGUACAUUCAAAAAGAAGUGACGUCCCCAGCAAACUGUUAUUGUUUGUCGACGUUUAUUUUGGAAUGUAUUUGUUAGUAAACCGGCUCCCUGUUUUGUGGGUGUGUAAUUUUGUCUGUAAAUACAUGUGUCUACAGUAAUAUACAAUGACGCGACACAUCAUACACUCUGGAAGUUGUUCCUGUACUAGCUGUGUAUAUCGGAGUAGUUCUAAACGAGAUUCUAUACAAAAACUUAUAAGGGAAGGUUCGAAAGUAGACAAACUUUUCUACGGUAAAUAUUUACCGUUAAGAGAAAGGAAAUUAUUAGAGAAAUUGAUCAGAACUCGUGGAGUAUACGAUGACGUACGAACACAACUAUUGUCCACCAGUGGGAGUAGUGAUCAUUCGAGGUCAGAACUUAAAAUUAAACGACGAGAUGAUGACGCUUCUGAAAGAAGCAGCGCAGUCUUAAAAAUUGUCGACCUAGUGGAUAAAGGAGAAAUAGGAUCGCGAAAUGCAUCCAAAACAAGUAAAUUAAGUAGCUGUUGCAGCUGCUGUUCUUGUAGCUCUCUUAGAAAAAUAAAAAAACAUAUGGAGAAGCAUCCUCCCCGCAAAUUCAAGCACCACAUACCGUAUGAAGAAAUAGCUAAGUAUUGUGCUGAAGCUGAGGAAAGAGGCAGAAAGCGACGUAAUAGAUUAAGUACAAAAAUAAGUUCCAAAGUACGGUCCGUACGCUUUAAGGAGAAAACUAGUCGAUCUAGUACAGGACCAGAAAAAGUCGUUACUAUAGAUAAACGGGCUUUAAGACGAAGAAUAUGUGAUUGUUCAUGUAAAUUUGCUAAGUUACGUAUGAAGUCUAUAAAUAAAAUUAAGAGUAUGCGGAGAAACACCACCAAAAGUAGUGAAACAGAUGUAGGAACCGAAAAUGCUUUUAAGAUUAAAAAGGAUUCAAUAAUGUUGUAUAAAGAAAAACUACACAAAAAGAGACAUUUGAAAGAUUGGGAGUGCGAACCAGGCACCUGCACUGCUGAGGAGUGUAUACCAGAAGAAUGUUUGGAAGAAAUCGAAGCAAGGAAAGCCCGCGAAGCGAAGCGCAAAAAAAGACGACACAGAAUUUCUGGAACCGACGAAGGUCGUGGUCUCAUCACGACCAGCACUCGAGCUAAAAGAGUGAAAAUGACGGACUCCCAGACACAAGCCUCACCAGACGGUGAACUGGGACCAGUAGUCUGUGAGUGCAAGCCAUUGUCUAAAUCUGCUUCUUCUAUGACAUCUUUAGCAAAGACUAAAUCUUCAAAAUCUAUGUCGGAAUUUCAAGAAAGAAAAGGACACAGACAUCAUCACAAAAAUAAAACUCAUCAGCAGAAGACUAAAACCACUGGUUCUAAAUCCAAAUUAGUAAAUAAAACUACUUCCUCAAUAACCUCACCUCCCGUGUCAAGAGAAAAUAUUAACCAGGAAACAAAAAAACAACGGCCCAAAACAUCUAAACAAAGAUCAGAAAAAGAUUCUCACCGGGUAGUGGUGAAACCCUCAGUUAAAACCAAAUUACGUAACAUUAUUUGCGAAUGUAGACCCCACAAAAAAUCAACGCCAGUAAUGGCUUCUGUUCAGGAGACUGAUCAUGCUCAGGUAAUAAGAGAGACAAAAGCAGACAAGGGCUACCAAGCUAAAGAAGUGAAAACUACUAAAGAAACAACAAUGUCAGCGAAGUCUGUUAAGAAUGCCGAGAUUGUAUUAAAAAAGACGAUUACCAAGACGGUUGCUCAAGCAAGAGUAGUAAAAUCUUCAGCUACGAAAAAGAUCCGUGACAUGAUUUGUGAAUGCAGAUCUCUGAAAGAAUCAAAGUCGGUAAUGACUUCUAUCGAAGAACCAAAGCCUGUCAUAAGAAAACCAAAACCAGAGAAAAUUCCUCCACCAAAAAUAGUGAAGUCUACAGCGAAAUCUAAGCUGCAAGACAGGAUUUGUGACUGCACAAGUUCUCUGCAAUCAAUACCAUCAAAUAUUUCUGAGCGUACAUUAAAAAAAGGAAGGAAAGAUAAGGGUAAAGGAGAAUCCGGAAAACAGGCUGUCAAAAUAACUUCAUCAUUCAAAUUUGAAAUAGAAUUCUCUAAAAUAAGACACCCAGGGCUUACCGAUAGCCAACUUGUCGAACAUGUUAAAAUGAAUAGGAAAAGGCGACAGAUGGUACAGACGGUACACGGAAAAAGAAAUAAAAAUAUUCAGCACGACCGUAAGAGCAGGCAAGCGUUCACAAUCGUUUCCAAGGAAAAGGGAAGCGAGUUUAAUUCGAGUAUAGAUGAGAGACAGUUUUUGAAAAAUUCCGCAAGUCAGGCAUCUAGAUAUAAGCGUAAAUUGGUGGUGCCUAGGCAAUGUGAAUCAUCAAUAUGUAUAGCUUUUGAAUGUCCCAACAAAAGUUGUGAUUAUUACCCCUUUAAAUCCUUAAAAAAUAGAAGUCGAUCUGUAUUUGCCAGCACCGGUCGUUUACGGCGUAAGUCGGUAGGUAGUGCUACUACUUCCACUCGAAGAAGUUCAAAGUCUAGAUACAUACAAUCAGAGAGUUUCGUACACAAACGAAGAAAAGCACCGAAGCGGCCUGUAAUAGAAAAAGAAAUGCACGUAAUUAGUUCCCAGCCGCAUAAGCAAGCCGUCAGGCUAAGCUCUAAUUUUAGUUUCAACAUAGAAUUUUAUAAAGAUGCGACACCUAAUAAGAAAGCUUAUGAAAAGCAUGACAAAAAGGAAUAUCAGAGAAAGACUAAGGAUAGGAGCCACGCGCCUAUGAAACAUAUUAUGAAUCACACAUCGUCGCAGUCCAGAUCAUCACAAUCGCAUAAGACUAUUCAAGCUGGACACAGACUGAAACGAUGUUUUUGCACUCUUAAAUUGUUACAAAAGAAAAGCCAUGGAAUAUCGAGAAAAACUAUGGCAUCCUUUAAAGAGAAAGAAAAUAUAAAGUAUGAAAAAAUUAAAAAAACACAAACAAAACCAUCAAAGCAACCGCGGAUUUUACAUGAAUGUAAAUGUGUUUCCACUACAGAAAAGUAUAAUCCUUGUGAAUGUGCAGAGACAAAUACUGAAAGCACUAAGCAAAAGUCAACACCUACUUCAACUUCACAGGAUUUAUGCGAAUCGACGUGCAGAGAGAGAUACGCAGAAAAUAAAUUGAAGCGCGAGCCCUCGCCGAAAAGAGAAGUCGUAUUUUGUUCAUCAGAUUCAUCACAUAGACAAGCCGUUCGCGUUGGGUCUACUUUUAGCUUUGAUGUUGAAUUUUCCAAAGGAAAUAUAAGACACGAAAAUCAAUCACUCAAAUAUAGAGGUAUCAAGGUUCACAAACCAUGCAUUUGUACUGUUUUAACGGACCAUAAAAAAUCCAGUACAUCACCCUUUUUUCAAAAGUUACUCAACAAAAAUACGAAAAAAAACGUUGCUUCAUCAUCAAGAACCAUGGAAAAUAAAGCCAUUGCAACUAAAAAAUCGGACUAUAAGCGUUAUAUUCAUUCAUGUCAAUGUAAUGAGUACAAGGAUAUGAUGCGACGGAUGAAAUCUUCCCGUCAAGCUACCGAGUCGACUUCACGUACAUUCGGGGGAUCACCAAGGACAAUGUCUCCAUUCGGGUCUCAGUAUAGCAGAGACAGUAAAAAACACUGUAAAAGGUCUAGUAGACAAAUGCAUCCCAAGCAUUGUACGCCAGUCGUUUGCGACAGACAAGCUAUACGAAUAGGAUCUAGUUUUAGUUUUAAUGUUGAAUUUUACAAAGAAUGUCCACCGAUCGUUGAAUGUAUUCCGAAAUGUGAAAAAACAAAGAAAAAGCGCUCUAAAGUUAAAACAAUAGGUUUGCAACCCUCUGUCCAGUUACCCGUCACCAAAUCGAAAAGUAAAGAAAAACUGUCGAUAGAUAGAUGUUUGUGUAGUUUGAAAUUACAAAAAAAGAAACCGGAAAAAGUGAAGGUUAAGAAGAGUACGAGUACAAUCGUUCCACGUAAGCUCGAGCCUGCAACUUGUGCAUGUAAGAGUACCAAAGUUUCACAUAAAGCUUCGCCCGUAAUGUGUCUUUGUAAAAGUACAAAAGUUUCACAAAAACCAAGUCCUUCUGUGACAUGUGUGUGUAAGAGUACAAAAGUUUCUCAUCCACCAGAAGCGCCAGUCAUUUGUGUGUGUAAGAGUACAAAAGUUGCCCAUCCACCAGAAUCUCCUGUAAUUUGUGUGUGUAAGAGUACUAAAGUUAACCAUCCACCAGAGGCUCCAGUAAUUUGUGUUUGUAAAAGUACAAAAGUUAACCAUCCCCCAGAGGCUCCUGUCAUUUGUUUAUGUAAAAGUACAAAAGUUUCACAUCCACCAGCGCCUUCUGUAGUUUGUGUGUGUAAAAGUACAAAAGUUGCACAUAAACCAGAACCAAUACUUUGUAUAUGUAAGAGUACAAAAACUUCACCUAAAGUGGCAAAACCUCGUAUUUGCCUGUGCAAAAGUACUAGUACAAGAAGAAUUAAACAAGCAAUUAAAAAUGAGGAAAAUUUUUGUACAUCACAAAAAUGUGACAAAUCGUGCGGUGUGUGCCGCCUAAUUGCCAAGAGUAGGAGUAAAAAGAAAUCAGACAAUAGUAUGAAAACACAGAUCAGUCCAAAAACUACUCAACAGAAAGUGGUUAAACAAGUAUCGAAGCCAGAUCGUACUCCUAAAAAGCAAAAAGAAUGUAAACCAGUUAUAGAUCCUUGUGUGCCUUGCCGAAAUACUGUUCGAAUAGGAUCUAAUUUCAGCUUUAAUAUAGAAUUUUAUAAAGACGAUUGUGACACAAGCAGUGAUGCCUUAAUGUGUAAAAAAGUUAAAAACAAAUGCGUAGUAUGUGAUUGUUUUAAGAAGGAAAGGAAAGAAUCUAGCUUCAUACUCAAAAAAUGCUUUGGCAAACUUGGUCUACAAAAAAAAAAUGCGAGCUCAGAAAAACGGCCAAUAAUUACGCAAUUUGCUCAAUGCGUACACGGUAAUCAAUUUAAAAUUAAAAAUAAAUUAGGAAUGGAAAAGACUGCCAGAGAGGUAAGAAUGCAGAAUGCUAUGAACAAGAAUUUAUGGAACAAGAAAUAUUUUCAAUUAUUAGAGGCGGCCAAUUAUAUGAAUGAGAAGACGAUUUCGUCAGGACAAACAAGCAGUACUUCUGCAAGUGUCCGAUAUAAAUCUCAAUCUGAUUUUAAGUCGCAUAAAUAUGACAGUUCAACCAUCGGAACAACGACAAACAAUACCUAUUAUAGCAAAUAUGGUAAAUACCGCCUUGGAUAUGUCCCUAAUGAUAAGUAUCGGAAGAAUAAUCCGUUUUACCAAUCAUUUUAUGCUUUAAAUUUACAAGUGUCUCAAUUUAAAAACAUUCAUCGCCUCAAAGAUGAGAGGUAUAAAACUGGUGUUUGCAUACCUUAUGAAUGUGACCCACUGCAAUGUUUGGAUGUCAUGAGAAGUCGUAGGGAGCGUUCAAAGAUAAGUACGAACGAUCAACCUAAAACAAAGUCUGUUCCAAGUGUUAAAAAGAUCUCAGAUCUACAACAAAAGGAAAUUAAGAAACUAUCUAGACUCAAGAAUAUCAACUCUAAACAUACUCAAGGCCUUCGAUUAACUAAUUCGAAAAUUAGUUCAAUAAAAUAUAGUGAAGCCACAGAAUGCUCUUGUGCUAUAAAGGUAAAAAGUAAAAGUGACGAUCUGAUAAAAAGGAAAAAGGAGUCGAAAAUUACCACUAAAUCUGCAAAAAUAGUUCAGGAGGAAAAACAUUAUAGGAAACAAUCUAAGGCAGGCAAACAUGUAAACAAAAAUAUGGACAAUGAUUUCGGCUAUAGCCGAUAUGAAAAGGAGGGUAUUAAUCAAAACGUUGAACACCACACAACCAAUACUCACUAUCUGAAACAUAAAUCUGCUUCAAGUAUUUUGAAGAAAAGGAAAAACUUUGAAACCAAAAUGGUUUUAUCUGGACAAAAUUAUUUGCUUCCACCUCAGCCUAAAAAGAGAUUGACGUUUUCAAUAAACAAUGUGCAAGCUUACUAUGCGAGAACAUCUAUAUUGAAGCAACCAAAAAGACAUAAUGUAAGAUUUGGCUCUAAUAUGAGUGUCAAUGUGGAAUUUUUCAAAAAUGAUUCCCAACCAAAUUCUUCAGAUUUCCCAGCGUCGACUUCUUCAGACACGAAAAAUUCCCAUUUCCCUGGUUCUGGAGAUACCACAAAGAGAACUAGAAAUCAAAAAUCAGGCGAACAUAUUCAAACUAAGGAUGCGGGAAUUAAUAUUGGUAGAGUUCUAAAUAGAUGUUUUUGUACAUCAAAACUGGCGAAACAUUUGAAUAAAACCGAUGUGAAAGCAAAAAAUCAUAAAGCUGAACAUUCAUCCGAAAAGCUAUCAAGUAUGGAAACGGAUUCUAAUAGACAAUUAGAUCCUUAUGAAUGUGAACCAGGUACAUGCCUUCCCGGCAGAUGCGAUCCACGAAAAUGUGAGUUAGUGAUAAAAAAGCGGCGCCUGCGAUCUAAAAGUACGAAGGUUGCAAGAGAAACUCAAGCUAAAGUAGUUAAGUCAGCUGUCUUGGACAAAGGUUCAGGCACAAGAGGGAAAGAAAUAUCAAAAAGUUUUGAAUGUGAACCAUAUGUUUGUACACCAGAUGAAUGUGAUCCCUAUGAUUGCUUGAAACGAAUGAAAGCACAAGGGCUUACUAUCCCAAACAUAGGGAAACUUGCGCAGAAAAAGUCAGUGCCUAAUUUAAAAACAAAGGCAGUUAAUACGGAUAAAGAGAAAAAAACGUUUUUAAAAAAAUGUCUAUGUGUAUUAACUUUGAUGAAAUCGAAGACAGCCAAACAUAAACCUGCGCCAAAAGCGGAACAUGAACCGAAGUUUAAACAAAAGCCUAAAGCCGAGGCUAAACCUAAAGAUAAACCCGAAGUUAAGCCUACACCCGAAGUUAAACAUAAGCCCGAAGUUAAACAUAAACCUGAAGCUAAACAUAAACCCGAAGUUAAACAUAAACCUGAAGCUAAACAUAAACCUGAAGCUAAACAUAAACCUAAGGCUAAACCCGCAGUUAAACCUAAGCCUAAAGCUAAACCUAAGCCUAAGGCUAAACCUAAGCCCAAGGCUAAACCUAAACCCAAGGCUAAACCUGAAGUAAAACCUAAACCCAAGGCUAAACCUGAAGUAAAACCUAAACCUAAGGCUAAAGUUAAACCAGAUGCAAAACCUAAGGGUAAAGCAGACACGAAAAAGAAAACUAGUUUUAACAAAUUUGUUGUUAAAUGUCUCUGUCAUUUGUAUUUAAAAACCAAGAAGGAUAAGGAUAAGGAAGGAAAAAAAAAUUUAGCUCGAAAACCAAGCAAAGAAAAGAUAGUAAAAGAAAACAAGCCGGCUCUGAAAUUAGAAAAGAAGGUAAAAGAUAAAUCAAAACCGCCAAUUACAACAGAAAAAGAAAUGGAGACGUUAAUGCCAUACUCUAAGAAAAAGUUUAAAAAACAUGAGAGUCAAGCGAAAAUUGCCCAAGUUGCUACAAAUACCUAUAGUCAAUAUCCAUGUACGUGUCCAAAAGAAAAAAAAAAGAAAAUUGGUAAAGGAAAAGGAGGGAAAAUAGAUACGGAUGCCCCUUCAUGCACCUGUUCGGCAGUGUCUAGUCAAUGCCCUAUAUGUUAUGGUACUACGAAGAACAAGAAAAAGAAAUCGGGAAAAAGCGAAUGUCCUAAUUCUGAAUGCCGUGAUAGUGCUAGUUCUAAAACAGAUGACAAACAAAAAAGUGAUAAGGAAGCCGUACAUUUAGACCUAUGCCCAAGGUGCCAAGCUCGUGAAAAUGCCAAAUUUAAUUCAGAAAAAAAGAAAGGAAAAAAAGUAAAGAAAGUCGAUAAGAAAGUUGGCGAAAACACAUCAAAAUUAUGCCCACGUUGUCAAGCUCGUGGAAGCAACUCGGUUGGUUUAUGUCCACAUUGCCAAUCUCAAAUCAGUGGUAUCUCUGAUAUAGGAAAACCAAUCGUUGAUGCAGGUAAGAAAAAAACAAAAGCAAGCAAGAGUAAAAAGCAGCUUCCUGUGCAAAAUCAAGAGACUUCUGCUUUAUGUCAACAUUGUCUAAUCCGUGGGAUUGCACCUCUAAAUGCCGACAUAAGAAAGAAAAAUAAGGCAGCAAAAGACGGUCUGAUCCAUUCAUGUCCUAUUUGUCAAGCUCACGAGCUUGCGCUAUUAAAAGGUAAAGUAAAUGUGGAUAUUGAAAAGAAAUUCGGCGUAUGUACUUGUUGUAAUACAGUAUGUUAUCAAACUCAAAAACAGACACCGAAUGAAACGAUACAUGAAACAAAGGCUAAAGAUCCGCAUACUCAUAACGCAAAGGCUGAAAAAGUACCGAAAACUCAUGACGCAAAGGCUGAAAAAGUCCCGCACACUAAGAAAAAGAGAAAAAGCUUAAUAAAGCGGCUGACGAUACAUAAAAAGAAUGGUGUUCCAGAAGCUCACGAUGGUGAUGAAGACGAACAUGCACCAUAUGACCAGCCACUUUUUGAAAUGAUGGUCGAUAAACGUGGUAUGAAUAUUAUUAACAGAAAGGAAGUUCUUGCCAAUCUAGGGACUAGCGGCAAAGAAACCCAAUUAAUGAAAGAAGCUAAAAUGGCUGUAAAGCAGGGAAGAGUUGGACAGCCGCUCAUGGAAGUAUUAAUUGACAAUGAUAGCGGCACUAUUAUUAAUUCUGAAGAAAUCAUUAGUAAAAUGCUUCCCGAAAAAGGUAAAUAUAAAAAAAAGAAAGCGAAAAGUGCGAAGGCAGUUGGAGCAUAUAAAACAUCCAUUAAACAGACUAAAAGUGAGCGGAUCGAUCCCAACUGUAAUUUAUGUUGCAAGUGCCGAAAACAAGGUCGUUUGCCUAUACUUAUGAAACCCGAUCAUUUUGAUGAAGGCUCGAAAGGUGCCACUGGUGACGGCAUCAACGAGCCUGAUGAAAAACAUCAUAAAAAACUUAAACCUUGCGUAUGCGGCAGUGCAGUGUGUAAGAAAAAGUGGGAAAAAUUAAAAAGAGAAUUACAUCAGGAAGUAUUGAAAGUAAAACCUUGUGUUUGUGGGACUCCUAUUUGUCUUGAAGAAUCUAGAAAAUUAUCUGAUUCAUUUGUAAAGAACAAAGAUAAAAUUCGAAAAGAGAGAGCUAAGAAACGUAAAAGAGAUGCAAAUGAGAAAAAGUAUCAGAAAGAAAGACUGAAGCGUAAAAAGUUACAUGCAUCUGAAGACUUAAAGCGAUGGCACCAUAGGCAGAAAGAAGAUAAGAAGCAGAUGCAUUAUGUAAAAGAACUUGAACAUGUGCCAGAUUGCUUAGCCGUGACUGAGUCUUUGACAGAUCUCUGCAAGGUUAGUGGCAGGGCCUUAAGCGAUCUCUUGAGAGGAACUGGAAGACUACUCAUACACCCACGAGAUGGCAUAGAAAGUGUGAAAAUGGCAAUUAAAGAUCCAAUGCAUGCUGCAAAAGAAUUAAAAGAUACUUGUGAACACACAGGUUUUUUCGCACUCUUGUCUAGGCUAAAGAAGAGAUUUUCAAAGAUGCAAACAACUAAAGAUUUGGUAACUCAACUGGAAUCCAACGCUGCUACAAAUUUCGCCCUUCACCUUGCCGAUAAGGACCCAAAGAAGCGAAUGCAAAAGAAACACCUUCGAGGAAAACAGAUAGAUUUUGAAUGUAGUCUGUUCAUGUCAUCUUUGAGGAAGAGACCGUGUUUGCGAGUCUACAGCAUGUGUCCCUGGUUUUAUCCUCACUGUUUGAGCAUACUUGCAGUUUGGAAACAAUUCAGUGAUAUAAUACUAUUCAUAUUAGCUGUCGGAGUAUGGUGCCCGUGCAUACUGUUAAUGGAAAUUUGCAGAGCGAUGGUGUGUUGCUGUUUAUGUACAGGAUAACGUGUCGCACUGUUUUUAUUGCAUUUAUUAAAGAAUCUUAAAGCAGGAUAAAGUUGUUUUAUCUUACAUUUGUUGAAUACAUUAUUAUUUAAGUUUCCAAUGUAAUUUCAAA